AUGGCUAGAAAGGAUAAUAGGAAGAAAAAAGCUCAAAGGAGGAAAAAGAAAUCUGCUAAUAAAAUUGAAAAUAAUGCUGUAAAACAACAGCAACCUAUAAUGGUUACGGCUAAAGAUCUCCCACCUCCUUCUUCUUUAGCUUCCAUUGGUGCUACAGAUGGUGCUAAUAAUAAUGAUCCUAAGGCCUCUCCUCAACCGUUUACUUCAAUAUCUUCUAGAAGGUCAAGUCAUACAGCUGCAUUAAGAAUGGAUCCAAGACCGUUGCAUGUUAAUAAUAGUAAUAAUAAUAACAGCACUUCUAUAGAUAAUAGUAAUACAUCCAUAUAUGGAACUACACCAUUGAAACAACAACCUCAAAUUCCAUUGAAUCUAUCUAAUUCAGGGACGCCUAAUGUUUCAAAAUCUGCAUCAUUUGAUUUAAACAAUCCAACUCAAGAUGUCGUUGACCAAGUCUCUAAAUAUUUAUCUCCUUCAACAAAUGAUCUAAGUUUACCCGGUGGUGAUAUCACAAGAGAUUUAUAUAAAUGGAAAAAUGAUCACCCUUCAAUAUUGGAAAAUAAUAAUAGUUCAAAUUCAAAUGUAAAUAAUACUAAUAACAACAAUAAUAGUAAUUUGGCACAUUCUCCUAUUAGAACCACCAAUUUAUUCCCAGAAAAUAAUUAUAAUAAUAAUAAUACAAUUGUAAAUUGUAAUGCAUCUCAUAGAAAACGGUCGAUGAGUUUCUCUGCUCUAUCAAUAAACUCAAGUACUUUGAAUAGUUUAAUUUUACCAACACCACAUGGUCGUACUUAUAGUGGGAAUAAUAAUAAUAACAUUGGGCAAAAUAACGGUAAUGGUCCUGUGAUAAUGACUCAUGAAGAAAUUAGAGCACCAGGUGGAUUUAGAAGAUCUUAUAUUUUACAUUCUCGUAGAAAGAAGAAUUUAAGAACACCAGAUUUUUUUACACGUAAUUUUAUUGAAUUUUUAACACUUUAUGGACAUUUUGCAGGUGAAGAUCUUUCGGAUUCUGAUUCAGAAAGAGAAGAAGAUGGUGAAGAGGACGAAAAUGUUAUAACAGAUUUAGAAGUCCUUGAAUCGGAUACUGAAUCUACAAGUUUAUUAUUAACAGAAACAAGAUCACAUGCCGAAAAGCAUAAAUCUUCAACAUUUAAAGCUGUGCUGCUCUUAUUGAAAUCAUUUGUUGGAACAGGUGUCUUAUUUUUACCAAGAGCAUUUCAUAACGGUGGUUGGGCAUUUAGUUCCUUAUGUUUAUUAUUUUGUGCAUGGAUAUCUUAUUAUUGUUUUAUCCUAUUAAUUAAUACCAAAAACAAAAUUAACGUUAAUGGGUAUGGUGAAAUGGGAUUCACAUUAUAUGGGAAUUCAAUGAAAUAUGCUAUUUUGGCAUCGAUUACAUUAUCUCAAUUAGGUUUUGCUGCAGCUUAUACUGUAUUUACGGCAACAAACUUGAAAGUAUUCGUUGAUAAUGUAUUUGGAUUUAACAAAGAACAAAUAAAUUUAGCAAUAUAUAUCAUAUUACAAGCAAUUAUAUUUAUCCCAUUAUCAUUAACUAGAAACAUUGCUAAAUUAAGUGGUACUGCAUUAAUCGCAGAUUUGUUUAUUCUUUUAGGGUUACUAUAUGUCUACUAUUAUGCUUCUUAUUAUGUUGUAACAAACGGUGUAGCGCAAUCAAUGAUCCUAUUUAAUAAACAAGAUUGGUCCCUUUUUAUUGGAACUGCUAUAUUUACGUUUGAAGGUAUCGGUCUUUUGAUCCCAAUUCAAGAAUCUAUGCGCCAUCCUGAAAAAUUUCAAAAAUCUUUAUCUGGUGUAAUGGUUAUCGUCACUGUAAUCUUUAUCUCAUGUGGCUUAAUUUGUUAUUGUGCAUUUGGUGCUAAAGUAGAAACUGUCGUGUUAUUAAAUUUCCCACAGGAUAGUUCAUUGACAUUGAUUGUACAAUUGUUAUAUGCAUUGGCAAUUCUUUUAUCAACACCAUUACAAUUGUUUCCAGCCAUUAGAAUCCUUGAACAUUGGACCUUCCCAGCUAAUGCCUCAGGAAAACAUAACCCAAAGGUUAAAUGGCUCAAGAAUUAUUUUAGAACAUUUGUGGUCAUUCUAUCUGCAACGAUGGCUUGGAUUGGGGCUAAUGAUCUAGAUAAAUUUGUUUCUUUAGUCGGAUCUCUGGCUUGUAUCCCUCUUAUAUAUAUACAUCCACCGUUACUGCAUUUUAAGGCUACAAUGUUAGAUACUUCCUCGCCACUGACCAUGAAAAUGAAAUUGGAAAUGGUUCUUGACAUUGUGCUAUGCGUAUUUGGGGUAUGUGUCAUGGCUUAUACUUCUUGGCAAACUAUCGCCAUGUGGGUUUCAUAA